GGCAAGUCGAAGAUGGGCUGCCUGGAGACGAUGCACCCCGCGCGCGAGCCGGUGCCCCUGGUCUGCAAGUGGAGCCGGGCGGACGGCCUCGAGGUGCUGGCCUUCUUCUGGCUGCCGCCGCCGCAGCAGCCGGGGAGCGCGGACCUCGCCGUGGUCACCACGCAGGACGGCGAAGGCCAACUCCGCCAUGUGACAGUCCAUGUAAGGGGUCCACCAGAGUAGUUGCUCGGCUGGCCUCUUAGCUUGAGUGGCCUCCUGAUGUGGUUUCCAUCGAGCCUUGGCCUCCAGCUUCACCUGGCCUCUGGGCAUAGCGAGGUAGCUUUUGGACCCUUUGUCCUUCCUCCUUCCUCCGCCCCCCCCGCGCCGAACCGAC